CGCGCCAUUCCUCCAAGCGUGUUUCCAACUCUCAUUACAUUACCACUGGCAGUGCUUUAGCAAUCACUGUUACAAGUAUAGAUUCUGCUUUUGUGCCGUCAGCCUUUUAGAUAUAUCCAGCUAUGGAUAUGGACAGUGCCAGUUCAGUGGUGCUGCAGGCCUUAACCCAAGCUACCAGUCAGGACACAGCUGUGCUGAAGCCUGCGGAAGAGCAGCUCCGACAGUGGGAGACCCAGCCAGGCUUCUACUCAGUUCUUCUGAAUAUCUUCAAUAACCACAUGCUGGAUGUGAACGUCAGGUGGUUGGCUGUGCUGUACUUCAAAAAUGGCAUUGACAGAUACUGGAGGAGAGUAGCGCCUCAUGCGUUAUCAGAGGAAGAGAAGACGUCAUUACGUGCUGGUCUCAUCACAAACUUCAACGAGCCUGUCAAUCAGAUAGCGACCCAGAUUGCAGUACUGAUAGCCAAGGUGGCCCGUCUGGAUUGCCCCAGGCAAUGGCCAGAGCUCAUCCCCAUUCUGCUUGAGUCCGUGAAGGGUCAGGAUGGCCUGCAGCAGCACAGAGCUCUGCUAACCUUCUAUCAUGUCACCAAAACCCUAGCGUCCAAACGUCUGGCGCAAGACAGGAGGCUCUUCCAGGAUCUGGCGUCGGGCAUCUACAGCUUUGCCUGCUCCCUGUGGAGCCAUCACACCGACUGCUUCCUCCAACAGAUAUAUGCCAGAGAUGAGGCUGCAGCACUCAGCUCCCUGGAGAGGACACUGCUCUCUCUUAAAGUGCUUCGCAAGUUGACUGUCCACGGAUUUCAAGAGCCACAACAGAAUAUGGAAGUGAUGGGUUUCCUGAAUGCAGUGUUUGAAAGGCUAAAACAGUUCUUGGAAUGCUGUCGACAGGUUGGUCCAGAUAGCACAUGCAGAGAAAAGCUGGAGAAGACGAUCAUAUUGUACACUAAAGUUUUGUUAGACUUCCUGGAGUACCAUCCGUGUGCAUUCAUACCCCUAAUCCAACGUUCCCUGGAAUUUGCCGUCAGCUACGUGUUUACACCUGCAGGGGAGGGAGUGACCUUUGAACGCUUCAUUGUUCAGUGCAUGAACCUCAUCAAGAUGAUUGUAAAGAACGAUGCCUACAAACCUGCCAAGAACAUUGAUGACAGCAAACCAGAGAGUCUGGAGGCUCACAAGAUCAAGACCGCAUUCUUCACACACCCUACACUGACAGAGAUUGGACGCCGGCUCGUCUCACACUACUUCCUUCUCACAGAGGAAGAGCUGGCAAUGUGGGAAGAGGACCCUGAGAGCUUUGCUGUUGAAGAAACAGGUGGCGACUCUUGGAAAUACAGUCUACGGCCUUGUACAGAAGUAUUGUUCCUGGAUAUCUUCCACAACUACAGCCAGACCCUGACGCCGGUGCUUCUGGAAAUGGUUCAGAAUCUCCAGGGCCCAACCAGUGUGGAAGACCCUGUCCAGCUGCUAAUGAAGGAUGCAGUAUACAAUGCAGUUGGACUGGCAGCCUAUGAACUGUUUGACAACGUGGACUUUGACCAGUGGUUCAAAAACCAGCUUCUUGGAGAGCUGCAAGUCAGCCAUCACAGGUACAAGUUGAUUCGCCGACGAGUCAUCUGGCUAAUAGGACAGUGGAUCUCUGUCAAGUUCAAAUCUGACCUCCGGCCUUUACUGUAUGAGGUCAUCCUGAGCCUCAUGCAGGAUCCCGACUUGGUGGUGCGGAUUGAGACAGCCACAACCCUGAAGCUCACUGUCGAUGACUUUGAGUUUCGGACAGAACAGUUCCUCCCAUACCUCGAGUCUAUCUUUGGACUGCUCUUCCAGUUGUUGCAGCAGGUGACAGAGUGUGACACCAAAAUGCAGGUGCUCCAUGUCAUCUCCUGUGUCAUCGAGAGAGUAAACAUCCAGAUCCGGCCAUAUGUAGGCUGUCUGGUUCAGUACCUACCCCUGCUCUGGAAGCAGUCAGAAGAACACAACAUGCUUCGAUGUGCCAUACUCACUACACUCAUCCACCUGGUACAGGGCCUGGGGGCAGAGAGUAAGAACCUGUACCCUUUCCUUCUUCCUGUCAUCCAGCUGAGCACUGAUGUUUCCCAGCCACCACACGUGUAUUUGCUGGAGGAUGGACUGGAGCUUUGGUUGGUGACUUUGGAGAACAGCCCAGCCAUCACGCCGGAGCUGCUCAGAAUUUUCCAGAACAUGUCAGCUUUGUUGGAGUUGAGCUCCGAGAACCUGCGCACCUGCUUUCAGAUUGUUAAUGCCUACAUGUACUUGUCUGCCACAGAGUUCCUGCAGAACUAUGCAGAAUCAUUGUGUCGAUCCUUCUGUGAUCUGCUGAAAGACAUCACGAAUGAGGGACAAGUCCAAGUCCUCAAGGUGGUUGAGAUAGCUUUAAAGGUUAGCCCCAUACUGGGAGCCCACAUGUUCCAGCCCCUGCUGCCAGCUGUCUUCAGAGGUAUUGUGGACGGUGAGAGAUAUCCCGUGGUGAUGUCCACCUACCUCGGCAUCAUGGGCCGUGUCCUCCUCCAGAACUCCAGUUUCUUCUCUUCUUUGCUCACUCAAAUGGCCUCCGAGUGCAGCCAGGAGAUGGACCAGUUGUUGGGCGGUGUGAUAGAGAUGUGGGUCGACCGCAUGGACAACAUAACUCAGCCUGAGAGGAGGAAGCUGUCGUCGCUGGCUCUACUUUCCCUUCUACCAUCUGACAACAGUGUGAUCCAGGACAAGUUCUGUGGCAUCAUCAACAUCUGCGUCGAGGCACUGCAUGAUGUGAUGACAGAGGAUCCCGAAACAGGCACGUUCAAAGACUGCAUGCUGAUGAGCCAUUUUGAGGAGCCCAAGCUAAGUGAUGAUGAGGAGCCACCAACUGAGCAGGACAAGAGGAAGAAACUGUUGGCCCUGGAGGAUCCGGUGCACAGCGUUUCUCUCCAGCAGUUUGUCUAUGAGAAGCUGAAGGCGCAGCAGGCCCUGAUGGGGGACCAGGGCUUCGGGGUCCUGAUGGAGACUGUGGAUACAGAGCUGGUCAGGCAGCUCCAGGAGUUCCUCCAAGGCCUCUGAAUCAUUUCUACAAUCCUUUACUACCUUACACAAACAUCUUUGCCUAAUUCUACCCUCUCCCCCCAUUUUUGAAAAUGUACUGGAAAGGCUAACAAUCUGCCCAACGUGAGGAAUCCUAAUCCAGACCUUCCCAGCCUCUACCUGUGCUAUGCCUUAUCUAUAUUCAGACCUAGCCUUGUCAACUGUCCUCAGCUAACACCCUUUGUCCCUUUCUCUAUUAUCUGGAUUCCUUUACAACUCUUUUUAUCAAGAUGGGGUUUAUGUGAGUGCUUAAAAAUGUCAAAGUACCGUGACAUUUUUAAAACACCCACGUAAAACAUCACCACUCUAGAGCUUCCACUCAUUUCUUCUAGUUUCUUCUCUUUCUGUGGUUUUAAGGUGGAAUGGGUAGAACUUUGGAGGAAUAGUAUAAAUGUUGGGGGAGUUGAGGAGUAUAUAGCAAAAAUCAUCUGCAGGUGCCAGUGCAGGAGUCUCAGACUAUUUUCUAUGGAGAAACAGAUUGUAGCAGACUACGUUUCAUUGGCUUUGUACCUGUACUCUGCACAAUGACAAUAAAGUGAAAUCGAAUCUAAAUGUGGAUGAAACAAACCCGAAGGACCUAAAACAGUGUUUACAGAAUCUAUUCUUAAAAGAGAGAGAGAAAAAAAACAGAAAUGUAAUUUUGUAUGUAUGUAAAGUAUUGAUGAUAUUCUGCAUGACAAUAUGUUACUUUUUAGUUUGUUUUUACAUCGUGUUAAUUUCUCUUCCAUUUAAAAAAAAAAAAAAAAAAAAAAAAUAGUUUUGUCAUAACCAGAGGUCAAGUUGAAGUAACUACUGAGAGAACUCGAAAGUGUUUUUCUUUCAUUUUGAGUUGGGUUAGAGGGAAUGUUUCCUGACUGUAAAAUGGGUGAUUUUUAAAUGGUUGAUUUGUAAGAGUGCUGAACCACAUUUAUAUGUAUAUACAUACUGCUGCUAAUUGAUGGUGUGUCGGAGCACUUUAAUAACCAAAAACUGUUUCACAUUUUUUUCAUCUUUUCUUCAAUGGUACAUCUUCACACAUCAUUGUACUUAAACACAGUUGUCGAAGGCCUUGGAGCAGUGCAGCAUUAAGACCCUCAUCUUGAAUUGUUGCCAUUUAUCAUGUCUCAGUGCUAUCUUGUACAACAGAAAAACUGACUGUAAACAAAACAUGCUCUUAGGUUGUGUCUUCAGUGUUUCAUUUAAUGAAUUCUGACUUUAGUGGCUGUUAAAAAGUCACAUUGUGAGCCACUGUGACUUUAUGAGUCAAAAUAUGUCACUUUUAGAGAACGUUGUGUGUAGCUGUCCUGCUGCCCUGCCAUCUUUUCUGAUUUUACAGAUUUUUGAUGACUUGGAGAUGAAGCUUUGAUAGACUUGAUUUGACAGAAGAACCACUUUUCCUCUUAGGUUUUCUCAGAACAAUUGAUUAUUUGGAAGUUUUGGAAACUUCUUUUACAAAGUAAGAAAUUACUUCAAAUUGGCACUUUAAUAGGUGAAUGAAGUGGCAUGAGCAUCUGAUUCAUGCAGAAGCUGAAUAUGUUCUAAAAAAAUAUAUUUGUUUUGAUUUGAAACUCAUAUAGAGAAAAGUAAAAGAUGUUAUUUACUUUGGGUUUACUUUACGUUCUAUUUUUACUGUGGGUUUAAAGUGGGGGUAAAGAAAAUGAGCCUACACCCUGCCUUUAUAAUCGGUUCUUCUGAAGCUUAUGGAUUAAUGUGGUUCAUUAGGUUGGUCAAUCUCCCUGAGAAGGAGAUAAUCCUGACACUAGUUCCUUUGACACUGUGAUAGAGUUGAGUAGCAGUCAGAAUUACAGCCUUAUGAUUUCAGCCUUACCUAUCAUUGAGACUCAAGAAGAUCUUUCUUACUAUUAUGUUAAUUUCUUAACUAGUUUAACAGUAGAAGAUUUCUGUACUCGUACUCUAUUAAUGACAGCAAUUAAAAAGUUUUGAACACAACAUGCAGUAGAGGGAUGUUUUUGGGUUAUAAGUUUGUUUAUGUUUUGAUGGGAAAUAAUCCUUGUUGCUUUUUCCAAAGCCUUCAAUAAAAUGCAGU